AUGUUUCUGAAGGCGGGCCGCGGAAAAAGGGGCCCCCUGGGGAGGGUCUAUGGGGCGCGCGGUGCGCCUCGCACGCAGCCCCCCUCGGGCCGGAGGAAGCCGCCAGCACCGGGAUCAGCAGCUUUGGCGACGGCUCAGGCCCGGCCGAGCCAGAACCUGCCCGGCCCGCGGGACCCGGGCGCUGACCCCGGCGCGGCCCACCCCGAGCCCCCGGCCCCACUCGCCCGCCCCGGCGCGGGCACCUCCCCGGGCGGCCGCGGCGGCAGGGGGGUCGGCCCGGGCGCGCGGCCCUCGGCGCCCCCGCCCCCAGCCCCUCCCCCAGAGACCCCCUCCCCUCCCCCGCCGCCCCCGCCUCCUCCUGGCCUCUCGGGCUCCUCCGCCACCAACAGUGGCGGCGGCGGCAGCAGCGGCAAAGGCCACAGCAGGGACUUCGUCCUCCGGAGGGACCUCUCCGCCACGGCCCCCGCGGCGGCCAUGCGCGGGGCCCCGCUCGCCGGGGAGCAGCGGCCCGGCCCGGGCUCCCCCCAGCCCCCGGCCCCGCCUCCCCACCCGGCCGGCUUGUUCCUCGCGGCCAGCGGCGCCUACGCGCGCCCGGACGGCGGCGGGCCCCCGGCGCUCUUCCCCGCGCUGCACGACGCGCAAGGGGCCCCCGGCGGCCCCCCGCAAGCGCUCAACGGCCACAUGCGCCUGGGGCUGGCGGUGGCCGAGCUGUACGCGCGCGCAGAGCCGCCCUUCGCGCCGCGCUCCGGGGACGCGCACUACGGCGCCGUGGCGGUGGCCGCGCUGCACGGCUACGGGCCCGUGAACUUCAACCUGAACCUGGCGGCGGCCGGGCCCGGGCCCCACCUGCAGCCGCCCGCGCCGCCCCCGGCGCCCCCGCCGCCCGCGCCGCGCCCGCGCCCGCGCGCCCCCCACCUCCCGGGCGCGGCCGGGGCCUUCCUGCGCUACAUGCGGCAGCCAAUCAAGCAGGAGCUCAUCUGCAAGUGGAUCGACGCCGAGCCGCCGGCCCGGCCGCCACCGCCCCCGGCCGGCGCCGCCGGGCCCUGCUCGCUGACUUUCAGCACCAUGCACGAGCUGGUGAACCACGUCACCGUGGAGCACGUGGGCGGCCCGGAGCAGAGCAGUCACGUCUGCUUCUGGGAGGACUGUCCGCGCCAGGGCAAGCCCUUCAAGGCCAAGUACAAGCUCAUCAACCACAUCCGCGUGCACACGGGCGAGAAGCCCUUCCCCUGCCCUUUUCCGGGCUGCGGCAAGGUCUUCGCGCGCUCCGAGAACCUCAAGAUCCACAAACGCACUCAUACAGGGGAGAAGCCUUUCAAAUGUGAAUUCGACGGCUGUGACCGGAAGUUCGCCAACAGCAGCGAUCGCAAGAAGCACUCCCACGUCCACACCAGCGACAAGCCCUACUACUGCAAGAUCCGGGGCUGUGACAAGUCCUACACCCACCCCAGCUCCCUGCGCAAGCACAUGAAAAUCCACUGCAAGUCCCCACCACCUUCCCCGGGAGCCCCCGGCUACUUAUCCAUGGGGACACCAGUGGGUGCGCCCCUGUCCCCUCAGGUGACCAACCUCAACGAGUGGUACGUGUGCCAGGGCAGCGGGGGCCCCAGCCACCUCCACGCCGCCUCCAGCAACGGGACCACGUCGGAGUCUGAGGAUGGGGAGCUGUACGGGAGCGCGGAGGUUGUUCGGACCAUGCAUUAGAACCCACCUCACUGUCGCCCUCCCUGCCUGCCCGUGAAACGGAACUGGGGGUCCUUGGACCACGUCCUAACUCCAGACAAUGCCGAGUAUGCAAGGCAGACCUUCCACUCCGUCUCGCCACUGGGUCUAAUUAGCCCUAUUUAUUCAGUAUGAAGCCCUAUGGUGUUUGUACAUUUAAUUAAUUUAAUUAAACUAUUUGGGCUCUUUUUUUUUUUUUUUUUGUCUUCGAAAACAAACAAACCCAAACCAAGCUGGACUUGUACAUUGAAGGGGCAGGGGGACAGAACGGGGAGCAGAUUGUCCCAAGGAGGAUAAACAGGGGGAGAGCCUCGCCGGUGGAGCCCGGGAUGGCAGGUGCAGUGAACAUCUACAUUGUGCAGAGCGGGACAAAGAGCAGCCAGCCAGACCCCACAGCUAGCGUCCCGGUGCUCUGUGUUCCCUGGGCUGUCCCAAGAAUGCCUUUCACACCCUCACGGGCCCCUGGAAGCCUCUUCACCUCUUCAGUGCCCCCCUCCCCCAUUCUGCACGGCCCUCGUGAUUGUAACCACACACUUGCUGCAUCCCCAAGGGUCCAUGGACUUGGACCUGGGUCCAAAACUCUGUAAAAACCCUCUGACUUUGAAUAUUUGUGAUUUUUUUUCCCAUUUCUGCUCUUUUUAUGACUGAUCUCACCUGAACACACUAUUUUUCUACAGGUUAGUCCUUCAGUGCCCUGUGUGUACGCAAAAGUAGUAAUAAUGAUGGUAAUAAUAGAUGUGGCCACAUCGACACCUCUCUGUCUACUGUGCUACUGUCAUUGUUGCAUCGAAAGUGGAGAGAUGGACAAAACCUCUCACAGGUUACUAUGAAACUGAUAUUUAUAAACCACAAGAAAUUCAAGUGCUUUUUUUCCUCUCUCUUGGGUGUUAUUUUAUUAUUAUUAUUAUUAUUUUAAUCUGAAAUCCCAGAUGCUGCCUCUUGUCACUGUGCCCAAACUUCUUGUGUAAUAAAGAUGUGAAGUUUCAGAUCAUAAUUUCUUUAAGGUGCCAAAAUGAACCAGGCAGGUCUGAGGUGUGAGGUCGGCAUCAGACCUCUUUUUUUUUUUUUUUUUCCUCCUCUCUUCUGGGAAUUCUCGUUUUUUCAAAACAGGCCAACCCCUCUUUUAUACUGUUGUGUCAGCCUUGGGAAAAGGCUGUGUUUUUCAGGGCCUGAGUGCGUUUCCGUGUAUUUUUCCUUCUACCCAAGUACUGACUCCCACCAUUUGAAAAUGACACUGGUCCGAGGGGCUAAAGUAUAAGGAAGAAGGAAGCUGCUAUACAUAUUAAAAAAAAUUUUUAAGAGUUUAGAGUUACCACCAAACAGUGAUGAAUGCAUGACCUUUGCCAGAGCUGUCAAGCUUGGAGAAAGAAGGUCAAGGACCUGGGACAAUAACUCUUAGUCAGAUGGUUUGCGGUUGGUACAACACACCUUGUGUGCAAAAUGUAGUCCGCCAGAAGCAUACAAAUAUACUGCAGAGCACUAAUUUAUCCUCAGAGACCCUGAAGAUACCCUCUUUCCCCAGGGUUUGUAAAAAUUUGUUGUGUGAGCUGUGAGUGGUUGAUGUAGUCUUGUCAUUGUUAAUAACUUGUAUGUGAACACUAUUAUUUGUACAGUGGAAUUAAUUUAUUUUCAGACAUCAUUCCCUCACCACCCCUGCCUUUUUUUUUUUUAAUUCCCCCUGGAAGAGUUCAAAGCACACCAAAGAAAUAUAUUAUACAUUUUGGUGAAAGAUUGUUGUUUAUGAUCCAUGAUUUAUUAAAAGAAAGGAAAGGACGGGGAAAUAUAUUUUAAGCUUACUUGAAUGAACAACAUAAUGUGAAAAUCAGGGCUCUUCCUUCAUGUUUUUUUCUCUCAUGUUGAGAUUAUUCAUAGUUCAUAGAGAAAUUGUAUUAGUACAGUGCAUGGUGCUGUCACUUUAAAAACCUCAGUGGUGUCUUCAACUUGCUAUGGUGAAUGAGAAACACAGAACCCUCCUUUAUAAAGAAAAGGACCAUGAAACUUGAAUAUAAAAUAAUUCAUUUUUAAAAGUUUAUUUGAAUCUUUUCAGAUUAUUCGCUUUCAAAGCUCUUCCAAGUAGACAAGCUAAGGUAUGAACUUUGGGGGUGGGGAAGGAUACUUUAUGUAUCUGUUAGAAUGAAAUAUUGCUGAUUUAUUAUAAUGAGUUGUUUUAUUUAUACAACUUUUCCAAUGGUAGUUUGCACUAUUCUUUAUGAUGCCACAGGUCUAUUUAUUAUGGAACAAAGGAAUAAUGUAUUUUAUGUAUUUUGUCAUGCAUAGGUUAACUCUUCGCCACAGAGUUACUGGGUCCUGAUACACCUAAAGUAAAAACCUAAAAUGUGUACCUCCAAUAGAAAGCAAGCAAGAAUGAUUACGAAGUGGAAAUUUUAAUAAAGGUAUUCUUCCUA